GCUACUUCUUUCCACUCAUACCGCACCGCAUAACCAGCACAACACCAUUACUUUCAGAAUUCGUCUUUGAUAUAUCACACUCUCACAAAUCCUCAAAAUGGCACCACGCGCUCUCAUCUCCGCAUUCCGUCCCUUCACAUCCUCCAUCUCGCCAAUCACACGUCGCGCUCUUUCCACAACGCCGCGCAUGGCAAUCAAGGAAGAUGGCAACCGGACACCGGAGGAGCUCGAGCAGAAGAAGCAGGAGCAAUUGAAGGAGCAGCAGGAGGGCAAGGGCCGAUGGCGUGAGGACCUUGCUAGCUCAGGCGAGAGCAACAUUGCGGCCGACAAGCAGAAGGUCAACGACCACGACAGUCAUAUCAAGGAAUUGCAGCAGGAGGGCAAGGAGAAAGGCGAAAAGGGCCAGUUGUAGAAGCGUCAGCGCACACAGAGAAGCAACGCAGGAAGCAACUUAGUCAUAGAUGAAUCAGCAUAAGCAAGCGUCUCAGCGCAGCGUCCAUUCCCAAUCAAUCCAUCAUUGUUCAAAUGCG